AGGAAAAUGGAGGGGUGUGUGUCAAACCUAAUGGUCUGCAACCUGGCCUUUACCGGACAGCUGGAGGAGUUGAAGGAGAGGAUUCUGGCCGACAAAUCCCUGGCUACUAAAACAGACCAGGAUAGUAGAACUGUAUUACAUUGGGCAUGCUCAGCUGGUCAUACAGACAUUGUUGAAUUCUUGCUGCAACUUGGAGUGCCAGUAAAUGAUAAAGAUGAUGCAGGUUGGUCUCCUCUUCACAUUGCAGCUUCUGCUGGCCGGGAUGACAUUGUAAAAGCCCUUCUGGGAAAAGGUGCUCAGGUGAAUGCUGUCAAUCACAAUGGCUGUACUCCAUUACAUUAUGCAGCAUCCAAAAACAGGCAUGAGAUCGCUGUCAUGUUACUGGAAAGUGGGGCUAACCCAGAUGCUAAGGACCAUUAUGAGGCCACAGCAAUGCACCGGGCUGCAGCCAAGGGUAACUUGAAGAUGAUUCAUAUUCUUCUGUACUACAAAGCUUCCACAAAUAUCCAAGAUACUGAGGGUAACACUCCUCUACACUUAGCUUGUGAUGAGGAGAGAGUAGAAGAAGCAAAAGUGCUGGUGACCCAUGGAGCCAGUAUUUACAUUGAGAAUAAAGAAGAAAAGACACCAUUGCAAGUGGCCAAAGGUGGUUUGGGUAUAAUACUCAAGAGAAUACUGGAAGAUUAAGCAGUUUGAAUUUCUUUUUACUUUAAAUGUUUUCUGGUUGUCCCCAGUAUCUUGAAAACUAUUGUAUUUGUGCACAAGACACCGUGUAUUAAUGAAGUUUCUCACCUUCAGAGUCUUAGAAACAUGCUGAGUAUUGUUCAAGUGAGGUACUUGUUCUAAUCUUGCACCCUGCUUUCCAGUUAUUGGAAAAGCUAGAGAUUGUUCUUCUAUUGUUACCUACCAUUUUGUAUUGCAUUUUGGUUCAUUUUGAGUAAGUGAUGCUGUGGCUGUUGUGAGUUUUCAGCAUCUUCUUAUGUACCCCGUAUAGAUCUGUCCUCCUGUAAGGCAGAGCCAGGCUAAUAACAGCAAGCCAACUGUUCUGUCCAACAUUUCUAGGUGAACUCUACAAGGUUCCUUGGUACAAUUGAAAUACUUCCUAAUUCAUGUUUUUAAGCUCACUCAGAGUCCUAUGCCAAAUAUUUCUGUUUUGCAACAGUACAGUUUAUUUUUCUUAUAGGAAGAAUAAUAUAUUUUAAAGGACCAAAUUUUAAGUUCAACAAUAUGUGUUACCCAGUUCAACAUUGAUAAGCAGUAAAAUUUAAUAAAAGGAUUAAAGAUA